AUGGCAAAAAAUCUUGCACAAGUUGAUGGUAAAGUUGCCAAGUUGCCACAGCCUCUUGCUACCUCUAUAGAGUCUCCUGCUGCCUCUCAAGAGUCACCUGCUGCCUCUCAAGUGUCUCCUGCUGCCUCUCAAGUGUCUCCUGCUGCCUCUCAAGAGUCUCCUGCUGCCUCUCAAGUGUCUCCUGCUGCCUCUCAAGAGUCACCUGCUGCCUCUCAAGUGUCUCCUGCUACCUCUCAAGAGUCACCUGCUGCCUCUCAAGUGUCUCCUGCUACCUCUCAAGAGUCACCUGCUGCCUCUCAAGAGUCACCUGCUGCCUCUCAAGUGUCUCCUGCUGCCUCUCAAGAGUCUCCUGCUGCCUCUCAAGAGUCUCCUGCUGCCUCUCAAGAGUCACCUGCUGCCUCUCAAGAGUCACCUGCUGCCUCUCAAGUGUCUCCUGCUGCCUCUCAAGUGUCUCCUGCUGCCUCUCAAGAGUCUCCUGCUGCCUCUCAAGUGUCUCCUGCUGCCUCUCAAGAGUCACCUGCUGCCUCUCAAGUGUCUCCUGCUGCCUCUCAAGAGUCACCUGCUGCCUCUCAAGAGUCACCUGCUGCCUCUCAAGUGUCUCCUGCUGCCUCUCAAGAGUCUCCUGCUGCCUCUCAAGAGUCACCUGCUGCCUCUCAAGAGUCACCUGCUGCCUCUCAAGAGUCACCUGCUGCCUCUCAAGAGUCACCUGCUGCCUCUCAAGAGUCACCUGCUGCCUCUCAAGAGUCACCUGCUACCUCUCAAGAGUCACCUGCUGUCUCUCAAGAGUCUCCUGCUACCUCUCAAGAGUCACCUGCUGCCUCUCAAGAGUCACCUGCUGCCUCUCAAGAGUCACCUGCUGCCUCUCAAGAGUCACCUGCUGCCUCUCAAGAGUCACCACCCCCACCCAUUCUUCCACAUUCACCUCUCCCGUUUCCCUCCAAAGAUGCCUACCUCCCAAUUCUCGAUACUCACAGAUCGACUCAUAGAAGGAAAACAUUCCUGGGAGAAGAACUAGUCCCAUGGCAGCAGCAGAGUCCCGUGGAAGCAGAGAACCAUGAGAGCAGAGAACCAUGGGAGCAGAGAACCAUGAGAGCAGAGAACCAUGGAAGCAGAGAACCAUGGAAGCAGAGAACUAUGAGAGCAGAGAACCAUGGGAACAGAGAACCAUGA